AAUCGCUUCUAGAAGGCUUUGGGCAAAUCGGGCCGGUCUCGCCAGACGCGUCGCGUGAUACCUCCGCAGUGGAACUCAUCAGUUUGCAGUAACUCACCGCCGGCCGGCUCUCGUCGUACGACCGCGAUGACCUGAUCACAACGCCGUGUUGGCUCGUCGUAGGGACUACGCAAAUCCCGAAAAAUGGACCAAGGAGUGUUCAAACAAAUAGACGAUAUAUGCUAUCCGCCAAAGCGGGCGCCCGAACCCUGUCCGUCGGACACAGAUUAUUUCAAAUCCUUGGUGAUCGAGAAGUCGAGGCGACGAGAGUAAUAAUUAUAAUAAUUAAAAUCAAACGGUUUUUCCAUAGUCAAGGUGCCAUCGGGUCAGAGACAACAAAAAUGACCUCUUGGGACUCUUAUUUAGCGAUGGCUACUUUUUUGUCGUCACCGGAAGAGUUUGUGGGAUGGUUUGUUGGAUUCGUUUCCUUGUUCACCACCAAUUUAAAUAGACCACUAAGGCUAGCAUUAACAGAACCUUGUAACAAAUUUGAUAAAAAACAUAGUAUGCUGUCCGUCAAUGGACCCAAAGGAACGCAAAGAGAAGGCAAGAAGUUACGCCAAUACGCUGCUGCUCUGUCCACUACCAUCGGUCCCUUUGCGGUGGGCACCGUAUUGGCUUGGACAUCACCAGUAUUACCAAUUUUAGAAUCAGAAAAUUCUCCAAAAUUCACUAUUACUACAGAAGAAGGCUCCUGGGUAGGUUCGUUGAUCGCUAUUGGUGCCAUUAUUGGAUCUAUACCGGCCGGGAAGAGUGCUGAUAUAUUCGGCAGACGACCAACUAUUGCUGCUUUAGCCAUACCUUUCAUCAUCAGCUGGACAAUGAUAUAUUUUGCCACUACUGUUAUGGAACUAUACAUAGCUAGACUGAUAGCUGGUGCCGUUAUUGGCGGAGUCACAGCAACUGUGCCCAUGUACAUCGGAGAGAUCGCUGAAAGUUCUAUAAGAGGCGAACUUGGUUCUUAUAUUCAAGUCAAAGUGACAUUGGGUAUUUUGUAUGUUUACUGUAUUGGGCCAUUUGUAACCUACGAAGAGUUAUCAAUUUUAUGUGGCAUUAUACCAGUAAUUAUGUUUAUUUUGGUACUUUUACUCGCUCCUGAAACACCUACAUAUCUGUUGAGGAAUGGAAGAAGGAAAGAAGCCGAACAUUCUUUAUUACUAUUGCGAGGACCUGAGUAUGACAUUACUGGAGAAAUAGAAGAAUUGCAACAACAACUUGAUGAAGAUCAAAAACGAAGUAGCAAAUUAAAAGACUUGAUAUCAUCAAGAGCCACAGUACGGGCAUCAAUUGCCGUCAUGGGCUUGCUCAGUUUCUUAUCUUUCUCGGGUAUUAACGUUCUCAUCUUCUAUUCUGAAUCGAUCUUCAAACGUACGAAUAGUUCUAUAUCUCCAGAAUUGAGUACCAUAAUUAUUGGAUUACUUCAAGUAGUAUUUACAUUUGCGUCUGCGUUGCUAGUAGACAAAACUGGCCGUCGUAUCUUACUGUUAAUAUCUGACUCUGUAAUGGCCGUUUGUCUAGGAUGCCUUGGUUUCUUUUUCUGGCUUAAAGAACAUGACGUAGACGUAAUUGCUUUUACCUUAGUGCCAUUAAUCAGUUUGGGUUUGUAUAUAAGUACUUUUUCAUUGGGUUUUGGCCCUAUUCCUGGUGUCAUGAUGGGUGAGCUUUUCAGUCCUGAUGUAAAAGGUUUAGCAUUAGGUAUUGUGUGUGUAAUUGCAUCACUCUUGGAGUUUGUUGUGGUUAAGAUUUAUAGAAAUCUUUUAGACUGGUUCGAUUAUGGAAUUACUUUUUGGAUUUUCGCCGGUUUUUGUGUGUUGGGAACCCUAUUCGUAUGGUUCUUAGUACCCGAAACCAAAAAUAAAACUUUACAGGAAAUCCAAAACGAGCUUAACGGUAUAAAAAAGCCAAAACAUCGUAACCAUUCAUAUCCAAUGGAAUCAUUUACUGGAAAGAACGCUAGCAUUGGCGUAAAAGUUUUAAUUAAUGGUGCUUGGCUUUUAGCCAAUGUAAUGUUUAAAAAACAAAAAACCACCAUGGAUUUGUCGGUGUUCAGCAGUAUGCUGUCCGUUCAAGGACCCAAACAUACCCGGGCAGAAGGUAAAAAGCUUCGUCAGUACGCUGCUUCAUUGGCCACAACUCUUGGCCCAUUCGCGGUGGGUACUGUAUUAGGAUGGUCUUCGCCAAUAUUAGUGAUGUUUAAACCAGAAAAUCAUCCACGUUUCGCAAUGUCCGACGAAGAAGGAUCAUGGAUGAGUUCGUUGAUCGCUAUUGGAGCUGUUAUUGGAUCUAUACCAGCCGGCAAGGGUGCUGAUAUUUUUGGAAGACGUCCUACUAUCGCAGCACUGGCCAUACCUUUUAUCAUCAGUUGGAUAAUAAUAUAUUUCGCUCAAUCCGUUAUUGAACUAUGCAUAGCUAGACUGAUAGCUGGUGCCGUUAUUGGCGGAGUCACGGCAACUGUGCCCAUGUACAUCGGCGAGAUUGCCGAAAGUUCUAUAAGAGGUGAACUCGGAUCUUACAUCCAAGUCGCAGUAACAUUGGGCAUUUUAUACGUUUACGCAAUUGGACCUUUUGUCAAUUAUGAAUUGUUAACAAUUUUGUGUGCAAUAAUUCCAGUGCUAAUGUUUUUGUUAGUACUUUUGCUAUCACCAGAAACGCCCACUUAUUUAUUGCGAAAGGGUAGAAGAAAAGAUGCCGAACGCUCUCUGAUAUUAUUACGUGGUUACGAUUAUGAUAUCGAAGGAGAGUUAGAUGAAUUGCAAAAACAAUACGAGGAGGAACAAUCACGUAGCGCAACAUUUAAAGACUUAUUAUCAUCCAAAGCCACAAUACGAGCCACUAUCGCUGUUAUGGGGUUGCUUAGUUUCUUAUCAUUUUCGGGUAUUAAUUCAUUCAUCUUUUAUGCCCAAUCCAUUUUCCAUGAUGGCGGUGGUGAAAUUGGAGAAGCUACUUGUACUAUUAUCAUUGGAGUACUCCAAGUAAUUUUUACUUUUGCUUCAGCAUUAUUAGUAGACAAAGCGGGUCGUCGUGUAUUACUUUUAAUAUCUGACUCUGUCAUGGCUGUUUGUUUGGGAUGUCUAGGAUAUUACUUCUGGCUACGACAACAUGGAGUAAAUGUGUCUAGUUACACGUUUAUUCCAUUGUUGACUCUGAGUUUAUACAUAGUUACAUUCUCGCUUGGUUUUGGCCCAAUCCCUGGUGUCAUGAUGGGAGAACUUUUCAGUCCCGACGUCAAAGGAUUAGCGUUGGGUAUUGUGUGUGUAAUUGCAUCGCUCUUGGAAUUCUUAGUCGUUAAGAUUUAUAGAAAUCUUAUAGACUGGUUCGAUUAUGGUAUCACGUUUUGGAUAUUCGCCGGUUUUUGUUUACUGGGAACCUUAUUUGUUUGGUUCUUGGUCCCAGAAACCAAAAACAAAUCUUUACAAGAAAUUCAAGACGAACUCAACGGUAUAAAGAAGCCAAUAAAUCGCAACAUUGAACGUUCGUAUCCAAUGGAAUCACUGAUGGAAAAGAACACUCAUUAAAAGGUCGUAAUUCGUCGAAUAAUUGAUUAUACAUCAUUUUUACGUAAAUAAUCAAUUAUAUGCGAACAAGACUUGAAUAAACAAGAAAGAAUAAAAAAAAAAAAUCGAGUUUUUUUAUCAUUAUUUAUUAUAUUUUUAAUUUAUUUUAAAUAAAAUGACCAGUACUGAAAUUAAAACGUUGAAAUUGCAAAAGAAAAUAUAUUUAUACUAGAUUUAGUUAAUUGAUAAUUAUAACUUUAUCAUGUGUAGUUGUAAUUUUUUUUUGUAAUGUUAUUUAUAUAUUAUUAUAAUUAAUUAUUUUUCUAAAAACAUAUAAUCGUUUAUAAUUGAUACGGAGUUUCCCAAUAUAACUUAUGUAUGUUCAUUGUCAAUAUGACAAUAUAUUACAUAAUAUGGGUACACUUUAUGUUUAUAGUUAAAUAAUAAGUCGGUUUGUACAAAAAUUAAGUACUUAAUUAUAAUAAUUAUUUUAUCGAUAAUUUAAAAACAAAUUGGUCAAUUGAUGUAUGUAAUGUUUGUACAAAAAUUUAACUUGUAAUGAGUAAAUUAGAUUUUUUAAAAUUUACUCAAUUGUUUUAUGAUAAUAAUUUAUUUGAUCAUUUGUAUACAUAAUUUUCUUACUUGCACAAUGGUUAGCAUUGUAAUUUAUUAUUAAAUAAUAAAAUCAAAAACUUUCGUGCAUUA